AUGCAUGCCACCAUCCUCGUGCUAGCCGCUAUUUCCAUCCUCAUUCAUCCGAGGACGACAACAGCGGCCCCCAUACCCUUGACACCAGAUGUCAUCAGCGGCACGUUUCCUGAUAGCCUCACCCACCCGUUGAUGCAGCUGAGUCACCGAAUGACGGGCGUUGCGGAUGUUUUGAGUAUGCUCCCGCAGCUGGAUGGGAGCGGGAUAAAGAUUGGUGUGGCUGAUACUGGCAUCGAUGCAACCCACCCUGCUCUGGCUGGUAAGAUCGCCGCGGCUGCGGAUCUCACGGCCGCGGUCGGGGCGCCUGGCGGACCUGUCGCUCUUGAAGACGCGACUACGGUUGUGGAUUGUACGGGUCACGGGACGCACGUAGCGGGUAUCAUCGCAGGCACGGACGCUCGCGUAGCCGGUGUGGCCCCCAACGCCAGUCUCACGGCUUACAAGAUCUUUGGCUGUACCGGCGGCACCACAGAAGCACGUGUGAUUAGCUCCCUCACGCAGGCGACGGCGGAUGGGAUGGAUGUGGUGAACCUGAGUCUGGGAAUCCCCGGGGGAUGGCCGGACUCGCCCGCUGCGAUGGCAGCCCAGACGGCGGUGGGCGAAGGAUUGUGGGUUGUUGCUGCGCAAGGAAAUGAUGGACCUUUGGGCUUGUUUGCUACACCAGCACCUGGAGUUUCUCCUGCUGCUUUGUCCGUCGGCGCUGUUGAGAAUCCCUACUUCCUCGGCGGUUUCUUGACCCUGAGCGCGAACACCACCCGGAACAUCACCUACGCUGGCACCACGUCUCCUCUCACAUUGCCCGCAACCUCGCCUCUCAUCUCUCUCGCAUCUGACUCCUGCACCGCCGUCGAUCCCGGCGGCCAAAACUUCACGCAAGCCAUCGUCCUCCUCCAGCGCGGCGGGUGCAGCUUCAACACCAAAGCCACCAACCUCAAAGCUGUAGGCGCCGUGGCAAUGGUCGUGUAUGAUAAUACGGAUGGACUCUAUCGUUUUGCGCUUGACAAACCGGCAACGGAUCUGGUCAUUGCGGCCGUUACGAAGGAUGAUGGUUUGUGGAUGAAGGAGAUUGUGGAGGCUACAGCCACUGCACCGAGUGUGGUUUGGGAUGGCGGGCUAAGGGUUAUGGAUAAUCCAGAUGGAGGGACGGUCGCUCAGUAUUCCAGUUGGGGCCCCGCACCAUCUUUGCAGUUGAAGCCAGACAUUGUGGCGCCGGGGUCGGUCGUUUACUCUACUUUCCCGGUCGCCAACGGUUCAUACUAUGCACUUUCAGGAACGUCGAUGGCCAGCCCUUACACUUCGGCUUCUUUGGCUCUCCUUCGGCAGCAUCUUACUGUUCCGCCAGGCACAGCGCCAUCAUUCGCAGAUGCGACGAACCGGCUGCUUUCCACAGCAAUGCCCGUUCGCCAUCGCGCCAUUGCUAAUCGCAUCGCUUCAGCAGCACUUCAAGGCUGUGGGCUGAUCAACAUGAAAGCGGCCAUCAACACCGUCGUCCAAUUAUCGCCUGCGAAAAUGGCCGUGGGCCAGGUAGCCGCAGACACGCCGCUCAACGUGGUCAUGACGCUUACACACACGGGCGCCGCACGAGACCAGGAUGCGCAAUUUGACCUGAGCCAUUCACCUGCAACAACAAUCGACCUGGCCGAUCCGAGCGUCGUCCCGCCGAUCGAGACUGAUGCCUACGCUGCCGCAGUGACAUUCGACGGGACGACCGUUGCCAUCCCCGUUGGACAGACGAUCAACAUUACAGCGACGAUACAUCCUCCGGCCACAGAUCCUUCAGGAAAGAACUAUCUCAUCAGCGGUGCCCUCAUUGCGACGCCUAGUGGAGCCUUCGCGCAAUCGACUGCAGCUGCGACGUUGCACGCGACAUACAUGGCAUUAGUGGGAUCUUACACUGCACUCCCCAUUCUCCCGGCCAACGGCACCUACCCGAUCGUACAUACACCGCCAUCUGGCCAAGCGGCGGGUAUAGCGGAGGUAGUUCUCGCGAUCCAACUCCCUCUUCGAAGCGUCACUGUUCAUCUCCUGACCGCGGCAACGACAACGACUGAUAGAGCUGUGGUGGGAGGAGCCGUUGUGGGAACCGUCGGACAGAGCCUCUACAUAGGUCCCUCUCGCCCGACCACUUCCUUCAUUUUCACCGGACAAAUGUUACCUGCGGACACUCCCGCCGAUGUUGCAUUUGGAGUGUGGGAUGGCGGGGAAGUUUCAGCAGGCCCCGUUGCGUAUGGGGCUGUUCCUACCGGUGACUACGUGCUGAGAAUCACUUUCGGAAGAGACGUUCCUACUGGUGCGGCGGCAGUUACUGAGGAAUGGACGAGUGCAUCAUUUGCGGUGUAGCUCCAUAGAGAACUACGGAUAGCUUAUCGGCGUAUUGUGUAUAGUACUGUAUAGUCCUCGGGGCUUUCUUUGUUCAACGGCUUGCUCUAUUUUCCAUGCCCUUUCCAGCACGCUGAACAGCUAGAGCGCUGAUUCCUCAAACUCAGGCACGAGAGAAGGGUCCGAUCGAGAACGGAUGUCGAAAUCGGAAAGGCUCGCGUGAUGUCA